CGGGGAACUUCAAGAUGGCCGCGCCCAUGAAGCCGGAUUUCUAGAUUUUCGACAAAUUCCUUUCAAUUACAUCUCAGGAUAGUGAAGACUAGGACACCUGUGAUAAUCAAUCUUCUAGACAUUCUGUAGAGGCAAAAUGAGUUGUCAAGAACUCCAAGAGGAAGAGAUUGGGGUGUUGCAGUCAAUUUAUGAUGGAGAUGAAAACUUCAAGCAAAUUAAUGAGAAAACUUAUCAAUACAAGAUAGGAGAAGAUGGUCAUUUCAAAUCCUUUGUCUUGGAGAUCUCUUGGGGUGAAAAUUAUCCAGAUGAAAUGCCGGAUAUCAACCUGAAUGCCUUUUAUAAUAAACAUGUACAACAGGAAGUAAAGGAAACAAUAAUAGAAAAACUCAAAGAGCAGGCAGAUAUGUUCAUUGGGUCAGCUGUGACUUAUACACUUUUUGAACACGCAAAAGAAAAUCAUGAGGAGUUAAUGGAGAGGCAAAAAGAGCAGAUUAUAGUGAAUACUGAGGAAUCCAAAGAAGAGGCUGAUUCUGUGCAAUCUCUGGGGAAAAAGAAGGAGAAAAAAGAACAGUGGACAAAAUCACAGAAACGCAAAUAUUAUGAUAGAAUAGACUGUAAAGGAGAACGAGCAAGAGGUUGGAACUGGGUGGAUGUGAUCAAACAUCUCAGCCAGACUGGAUCAGCAGACAACUGAGACGUGGAUGUGAUCAAACAUCUCAGCCAGACUGGAUCAGCAGACAACUGAGACGUGGUGCUACAUGGAAACUCAAGGCUCAUAUGAACAUGCUCAUACACUUGCAUUGUUCAUGUUUGGGCUAUUUUUGCAAAACAUCGUCCAAAAAUUGGGCAGAUUGUGUAUAGAUGGUGAUUGGUUUCGGUAACUUCUGAAGGGAACUGCGUGUUCGAAGAAACA